AUGUUUUCGCUCAACCCAUCAUCGAGCACGGGUACAACUGCUGUAUUUAAUGUGGCCGAUCCUUCCAAGAUCUACAUUGAUGAUGAGAGCGAUGGGCCAACGAUCUACAUCGCAAUUUUCAUCGGCAACAGAGUCGAGAAAUGGAAGAUAGGAUCCUCAAGCGGUGUACAAUUAGGAGUUGAAUGUCGCUCGUGUUUGGGCAUAUCGGUGGAUAAACAAAAAAAUGUCUACAUGUCAGAAUCAGAUAGACAUCGUAUACUCAAAUGGUCACCUGAAACGAAUGAUACAAUUGUUGUUGCUGGUCGGACAGACGAGAGAGGAGGAACGGGCGAAUAUCUUAGUUCUCCUGCUGGCAUUUAUGUCGAUCGAACGAGUGGUGCAUUAUAUGUGGCCGAUUCGCAGAACAAUCGCAUUCAGAAGUGGGUAAAAAAUGCACAAACGGGCAUCACUGUCGCUGGAUCAAAUGCGGAUAGUCCAGCUAGCGAUGCUGCAUCGUUAACGGAUCCGAGUGGUGUACUGGUCGAUGAAGAAACGAAUAUUGUGUAUGUGGUUGAUUCCUUGAACAAUCGAAUUCAACGUUGGCUUUUCAAUGCUUCUAAAGGUGAUACCAUCGCCGGCGGAUUUGGUAUGCAUAUAUUUCAUCGUGUUAGAAAGCGGGAGCUGAAGCUCACACUUCAAAAUUGA